AGCUCUGCUCUAGGGAUUAUUUUGGGGCUGUUCUUGGCUUGUGUUACACAGGAGGUCAGAUGAUCAGUGGUUCCUCUGGCCUUGGACUCUGUGAAUCUAGGAGCAGGCACAGGCUGCACAGACUGGCCCUCCAGCCCCAGCUGGGAGGAGUGCCUGAGCCCCGCAGCGUUCCCAUCAAAGGACUGCCUCUUUAGGUCCCCUGCUGCUUUUCUCCCUCCCUCCUGGAGGCCUUAUCAGCUGGCAAACACUUGUGAGCAGCCCAGUCAGUUGGCAGGGCUGUGACCGCACGGGACUCCCAGCUGCACAGUCUGGACCCAUGGCCUGCAAGGCAACAUACAGCAACAUCAACAUCAUUGAACCAGGACAAGAGGAGCCGUGGGGUUCUGAGCCAAGGGAGAAGGCAGCUGUCAGCGAUGUGUACACUGAAGAGGAGAACGAAUAUGAGGCUGUUGACCCGGCUCUUGGCGCAAAGAGGAGGCAGAUGGAGCAGCAGGAGGCUCGGGCUCCAAAGUGGAAGUGGAGACGGGGCCAGCGGUGGAUUUUGGCCUGCGCGACUGUCCUGGGAGUCUCUGUGCUGCUGACCCUGCUGCUCCUCACACUUGGUGUUGUCCGAUACAUGGAGAUGGCCAGCGCCCUUGAGAGAAUGCAAGUGGAGAACCAGCUGCUCCAGGAUGUGGGCUCUCCAGCCUCUGGCUCUUUCCUGAUCUACAGUGAGUCACACCAGCUGUGUGUGGAUGUGACAGCUGGUGGCUCCCUGACAGCCACGCACUGCGCCCCCGGCUCCCCCAGCCAGCACUUCCAGUGGCUGUCUCGGGGCCAGCUGCUGAAUGUGGCCCACCAGCAGUGCGUAGCUGUGCCAAAGCAGCUUAGCCGGAUUACUGUGCGCCUGGAGCCCUGCGAGGCCCACAGGGAGCUGCAGCACUGGGAGUGCCGGGCAGACGGGCUGCUGGCCCUCGCCAAGGAGAACCUCUACUUCAACUAUGGCAACAACCAGAACCACGUGGUGAUGCUGUACACGGGGGACGGGCCCUGGAGCCGUUGGGUCGUCUAUGGGAGCCAUGAGGACCUCUGCUUCUGCUCCUGUCAUGGUGAGUUCUGCAGGACCCACCUGGCCCUGUGGCCUUCACCUCAAACACGCCAGCCAGUGUCCCUCCCUGCCCUAGCUCCAAGCCAUGACGGCGCUGCCCAGGUACCUGAUGGAACCUGCCAAGCAGUGCUAGAACAAUUUGUAUAGUGGGAGUGCUGACAGCCAUGGACCCAAACUGUAAGCCCUAUAUAUAAAAUGGACACCACUUCAAGCCAAGGGGUGCGGCCAUACCCCCCAAUAUCCCUAGUUCCAACAGCUAUGAACCAGCCCCACCCACAUUCUAACCACCAGACCCCCCAACUCCCAUCCCAAAGCUGGGAAUAGAACCCAAGAGUCCCAUCUGGGAUCAUCCCACCCCACAGGGUUCUGGGACUCCUUUUGCUGAAAAUGAGGACAAGGCCCAUUAAUGGCUGCCUUGUCUCAGGAGCUCCUGUCCCAUGGGCAGGGCCUUCAUGUCCAAUAGUUGCAGGCUGUAGAUCCUCCCUACAGAGCUGUGCUCCAUUGUAAAUGUGACCCAGAUGUUACCGAUAUCUGCCUGAGUCUGCAGAGAGCCUGAGAUGUUGGCUCUGAGAGGCGGGGAGCUGCCCCUGCAGCGUCUCAGUGGGGAGAGGACUCUGAACUCUAAGGCCAUGAAAGGCCUGGUCUGGCUGUGCUGAAGUCUGUGAGAGCCUUUCCCUGGAGUUCAGUGGCUGAAGCCAACCCUUCCACAUUGCCCUUAAUUUGUUCACCCUCACAGGGCUCUGUCCUGGUGCCCAUUACCAGCCUGAUGACUGCGGGUUGUGCUAGCUGAGCCACCAAGCAACAGGCCACCCACUUGGGUCAAAUGCAGCACGGGACAGAUACAGGGACAGCCCAAACCCCUGCCCCAUCCCGUCCCACAUGCUGCUUACCCUCUAUUUCCCAGCCCUCUGCUGUGAUUAUUUGUGUGGCUGCACGCUGGCUGAGCAGCCUACAGGAUCUCCGCACGUGUUGGCCCUGCCACUGGCCCCUGUGGCAAAUUUGCCUGCUAUCCUGCUUCCUUCUGUGGCUCAGCCCAUUGGGGUGUAUGAAUUCUUGGGCCAGGAUGGGGUUAGCUCCCUGGGGCAGCACUGGGUGGUGUGUGGAGGCGGGGGUCUGUAUCCAGAGCAUGGGUGUCUCCCCUGGGUAUUGGCACAGGGCUAAUGGGACCCAGAGCUAAUGAAGUAGGGUUACCAUAUCUAGCAAAUAAAAAAAGAGGACCCUCCACGGGC